AUGCAUCUCCGGGUAUUAGCUGCAUCCGUGAGUGCGGCCCUGCUGGCGCCUCGGGCCGCGCUCGGUGACACGAGAGUCCAAGCUGCCGAGUGCUUUGAGUACGACUAUGACUUCCACGGCCACGACAUCCAACAAGUCCCCUUGGUGGGCUCCCCUGCAGCCUGCAUGGAUGAAUGCGCUGCAUACAGGGGCUGUGGCUUCUGGACAUACGACAUCCUCACCCGCAUAUGCUACCUGAAGUCUGCAGGAGCCUUUACUGAGAGGAGGGCAGCUAAAGGAUAUGUCUCUGGUCCUCGCCAGUGCACCUUCUCCUCUAAUUGCUUUGAAGCCGGCAUAGAUUACUAUGGCUACGACAUCGAGAAAAUAGAGGGCCGCUAUGUGAUGAACCCUGCAGAGUGCCAGCGCCUCUGCACAGGCAACCCGCAGUGCGCAUUCUUCAGCUGGAAGUUUUCGACCCACUCCUGCUUUCUCAAGAGCGCACCAGCUGUCCUGAAUCGGCGCGAAGACCCAGAUGUUACCUCUGGACCCCGCACUUGCCACAAUAUGUCCGUGCAGCCUCCCCGGCCCUCAGAUUACCCCGCGGCUUUUGACCCCUCCACAGCCCCCGCCUCUUGCGUCGAGUCAGGAGUCGAGUACCGUGGACACACUAUUAAGACCUCGAAGGCCAAAUCUGCCCCGGUCUGUCAUCGACAAUGCCAGCAGACGAGGGACUGUUACUACUGGACUUGGAGCUCGCAGCACCGCACGUGUGCACUGAAGAAUUCAAAUGCUCCUAACGGGAGGUUUGAGGGCGAGACAACCCUAGACAAGGUCUCCGGCACCCGUGAUUGCGUGCCUGUUCUCCCAGGCUGUCAGUUCGCAGACGUUGGCGUUGUGGGGGCUCGCUUGAAUACGCGAAGCGCCAAUUCUUUUGAUGCCUGCCAGUUCUUUUGCGCUGCCUUCUCCGGGUGCACACACUUCUCGUACGACCUCCUUACUGGAGACUGCAACCUGUGGUCUUCCUUCAACGCGUACUCAAAGGGCAACUCCACGUCGGGCCUGGUGUCGGGUCCGGCUUUCUGCGAGGCUGAGACUGUUUGCUUCGAGCAAUCAGACUACGUGGGUCAUAACGUGGAAGAGAAUGAAACAGGAGAAGUGGAGUCUCCCGCAGCCUGCCAGGCCCUCUGCCGCAACAACUCGGACUGCCACUAUUGGAGCUGGCUUAGGAGCAACAAGGGCUGUUACUUGAAGGAUGCUAAUGCUAUCCUGGGCCGGGUUAAUGACACUACGUCCAUCGGCCGCUUUUCAGGACCCAAGUGGUGCAGCGUCAGAUAUGGGUGCAUGCACAUGAACGCCGUGUAUACUGGAGUGUCUCUCCAGCACAUGGAAAUCGAGGAUUACAAGGCCUGUGGCGCCAAGUGCAUUGCCAACCCAUUCUGCAGCGCCUGGACCUUCCAUUCUGACUUAGAUCUAUGCUCACUCUUCUCUGGCGCUGUCAGCCUCUCUUCGAAACCCAUCCGGGGUGUCAUAUCAGGGGAAAGAACCUGCGUAAACGACACGGAGCAGGAGUCGAGCUGCUUCGAGGAAGGAAUUCUCUACAGCCUUGACAAGAUCAUUGGUAUCGCAGAUGCAACCAGCGCCUUCCAAUGUUACCAGAGCUGCCAGAAGGUCGAUAACUGCGAGCACUGGGCUUUCAGAAAUGGCGAAUCCUGCUUCUUGCUGCCGGCAGGCACACACUCUUUCGUGUUUGACCCCAACAGCGUGUCAGGUCCCCGAAUUUGCUCUGAAGCGUCGCCUCCGUUAUCCAAUAAAGUUGCCUUAACGGGCGAUGUUAUUGCCUCCUCCACGGUGUACUCUCCCGGUCGUUGUCUGCAAAAGUGCCUAAAUACGCCCAAGUGCUUGUACUGGUCCUUCGUGCUGGGGGAGGAAACGAACUGCAACCUCUUCGAAACCGCAACCAGUGUCACGGGCGGUAAAAGCGCCAUCAGCGGGACGGUGGCUUCUGCAGUGAGCUCCUCUAGCUGCACUUUCUCAGACCCCAUAGGAACUGUUACGGUUGAGAAGCCCAAGGAGUGCGUGGUCGAGUGCCAAGCGCACCGUGACUGCAAAGCGUGGCAGGCCAAGGUGGAGGAAAGUUCUAAAGAAAACGAGCAGCCCCUUGUGACUUGCACCUUAUUCAAGUCCGAUAAGAACCCGGCCUCUGUUCGAGAUGGGCACAAUAUCACAUGCGGCACGAGCCUGGAGCCAGGCAAGGUUCAGUACAACACCCGUAUCGAUGAAACUAGAAAUGUCGUGCUCACAGAACCAGCCACAACUCUCUCGGAUUGCGCCAGUCUCUGCAGCUCCAAGCAGGAGUGCGUGGCGUGGAGUCACCGCAUAGGCAAUCAGUGUAUUGGGUAUUCGACGGCCGAACAGACGCUAGAAGACUCUUCUGGAUACUCCACUGGCUACGUGGAGAGACCGACUCCCGUGGUGCUCUUCAACACCAGCUAUGCUCCUGCUGAGGCUGCCGCAGCAGAGGCCCCUCGCCUCGCCAGCUCCUUCAGGAGGCGCUUCACGAGCAGGGCAACAAGCGUGAGCAGGCAAGUGGCAACUAGUGUUAACGAUUGCAUUGAAGCCUGCGCAGAGAGCCCUACAUGCACUGCCUGGACCUUCAAGGACGAGACGUGCAGCUACUACAGCAGUGCUGUCGUCCCCACGACUGAGGAGGACGCCAUUUCGGGUCGCAGAUCUACGCCUCAACUGCCUUGGACCUUUGAGCUUGGAAAGAAGUUUACGGGGCCUUCACUCAGGAGGUGGUCAUCUCCCGCAGCUCGCACUAAGGGCGAUUCAGUGACUGAGACUGCUAAUGCCCCCACAACAGCCAUGGAGUGCGCGGAGAAGGCAGAGGAAGAAGGGUGCUGGAGCUUUAAGCCAGCAGACGGAGAAGGGGAGGAGGCUGUUUGCGAGACGUUCACAGAGUGCGAUAAUAGCGAAGAAGAGGAAGGCUGGAUCUCGGGCAAAAGCGAAGAGGAGCUUUUUCGUGCCUUUCCCCCCUCAGUCUCGUCUUGGUUCAAAGAGCAGAAUGCUCCUGUAACCGCAAAGCACGCAUCUGACGAGUGA